AUGCAGCGAGAUUUAUCUUUGCAUAUCCUUCUCUGUGACUCUGGUUUCCAGGUCUUACAUCUGACGAAUUCUGUGUCAGGUCUGUGGGGAGCCGACGAUAUUGAGGUAGAAAUGAAGGACAACGUUGAGGCGAGAUCAGACGCAGAGAGAAUAAAGUGCCGAUCACUGCUCGAGAGUCUCAAAUGUGCAUUCCUCGCAGAAAUAAAGGCCAUUGAACAGGACUUCCGGCUGCAGGUCACCAUGCAGAAAGGUGAAAAUCUUAGGUUCAAGCAGAUGUUGUCAAAUAUCAAGUCAGAGAAAACAUAUAUUACUCAGCAACUAUUGUUGUUUCAGCGGCGGGUUGACAGACUCGAAAACGAAAUUGGACGAGAUUGA